UUCACCUUCCACCGCCACUUCCAGGCCGCAGCGCCCGGCGCGUCCCCGUCCCUGGCUGGGCCGCCCUGGGGACAGCGGCCGGCCUCCGGGGGUGCGCCUGGGAAGCCCCCACCACCCGGAGCUCUCACCCCAAGAUCAUUCUCUCCCUCCUCCUCCAACUCCUCCGAGCCCAGGUCCGACAUGGCCUAGUCCCCGCCUCGGUCCUCGCCGCCUCCAGUGCGUCUCUAGGAGAGAGCCGGGCCCCUGCUGGACGGAAGAGGGCCGGCCAGACGGAGCAGGGCACCUGGACGCACUCUCCAGUCCGCGUGAGCUACGGGCCCGGGGGAUGUCCUGGGAGCCGGCGUGGAUGACCUGCACGUGAAGCAUCCUGUCUUGUGCCCGAGUUCCGUGGCCGGCGCAUCGUCAAUGGCUCCGCUGCCUGCGGGCGUGCGCUUCAUCACCUCCUUCUCCCGGGACCAGUGGUACAGAGCCUUCAUUUUCGUUUUGACGUUUUUGCUGUAUGCAAGCUUCCACUUGUCCCGAAAGCCUAUCAGCAUAGUGAAGGGCGAGCUGCACCGGCACUGUGCUACACUGAGCGAGGGCGACCUGCGGUUCGGCAGCCAGACCCAGAGAGCCGGCGACACCCCCCGCCAGCCACCGCCGGGCAACAAGACUGACUGCAGCUGGGCCCCGUUCGACCAGGACAACUACCAGCAGCUGCUCGGGGCCCUGGACUACUCGUUCCUGUGCGCCUAUGCCGUCGGCAUGUACUUCAGUGGCAUCAUAGGGGAGCGCCUGCCCAUUCGGUAUUACCUAACUUUUGGGAUGCUGGCCAGCGGCGCUUUCACUGCCCUGUUUGGAUUCGGGUAUUUCUACAAUAUCCAUAGUUUUGGAUUCUACGUCGUAACUCAGGUCGUCAACGGACUGGUGCAGACCACGGGCUGGCCCAGCGUCGUCACCUGCCUCAGCAACUGGUUCGGGAAAGGAAGACGAGGUUUGAUAAUGGGCGUCUGGAACUCCCACACGUCCGUGGGCAACAUUUUGGGAUCCUUGAUUGCCGGCUACUGGGUGUCCACAUGCUGGGGCCUGUCCUUCGUCGUGCCUGGGGCCAUCGUGGCGGCCAUGGGCAUCGUGUGCUUCCUCUUCCUCAUCGAACAUCCGAGGGACGUCGCCUGCUCGUCCUCCCUGGUGGCGCACCCGAGAGGCCAGGAGAACGGCGCUCACAGGUUCCGGCUGCAGAAGCCGCUCUUCGCGGACAAGGGCAAGCCUCUGGACCCCGAGAUGCAGUGCUUGCUGCUGCCGGAGGGGAAGCACCCCGUCCCCCAGAACCACAUCGUCCUCCUCCCGGCCGACGGCGGGGCCGGCGUGGCCGCCAUCAGCUUCACAGGGGCCUUGAAGAUCCCCGGCGUGGUCGAGUUCUCUCUGUGUCUGCUGUUCGCCAAGCUGGUCAGCUACACCUUCCUGUUCUGGCUCCCCCUGUACAUCACCAGCGUGGAUCACCUUGACGCCAGACAAGCUGGGGAGCUCUCCACCCUGUUUGACGUGGGCGGGAUCUUCGGUGGGAUCCUGGCGGGCGUGAUCUCAGACCGGCUGGAGAAGCGGGCCUCCACCUGUGGCCUGAUGCUCUUGCUUGCGGCCCCGACGCUCUACAUGUUUUCCACCAUCAGCAGAAUGGGCCUGGAAGCCACGACCGCCAUGCUGCUCCUCAGUGGCGCCCUGGUCAGCGGGCCAUACGCCCUGAUCACCACUGCCGUGUCCGCCGACCUGGGGACGCACAAAAGUCUCAAAGGAAACUCCCACGCCCUGGCCACCGUGACCGCCAUCAUCGACGGGACCGGGUCUGUAGGAGCGGCGCUGGGCCCCCUGCUGGCUGGGCUGCUCUCCCCUUCAGGAUGGAACAACGUGUUCUACAUGCUGAUGGUCGCCGACGCCUGUGCCUUACUGUUCCUGAUUCGCCUCAUCCACAAGGAGCUGAGCUGCCCCGGGUCGGCGACCGGGGACCAGGUUCUGUCCAAGGAACACUGACCACCGCAUCCCCUGGAGGGAGGCGGCCUGUCCUUCACCAACGGCCUGUCAAGGGAGAGUUCACGUUACAGGAUCCUGUGUUGGGAACAGUGAUGGGCCCUUGCCGUUUGCACUCACCCUGGAAAAGACAGAAGCCACCCCAAGAGGGUCCAGGUGCCGUUUUAGGCGGGCUGUGGAGCUCAGCACAGCGGACAGGGGCGCGUGGGCAGUGCCCUUGCUGCGGCCGGGCUGGGGACACGCGGCGGGAAGGGCAGGCGCUGGCGGCUGGUGCUCAGACAAGCCUGAGUCUGAGGGGCUGCAGCAAGGCUGUCAGAGCAGGGGCGCCGUGCUGGCGGGACCUUGAUGUCCUGCAAACGGGCCGCGUGGGGACCGGGUGCCGAAGCGGGCGCGGGGCGCGGAAAGGUGUCACAGCAUGAGCAGCCAUGAGGCCGUCAGCCUGCUCGCCGGGGGCUCCGGGAGUGCCAGCGCCGAGCGCCCGGGGCCCCUGCGGGUGUCGGCGGUUGUGGCCGGCGUGGGCGUACUGGUGUGGUAGUCACCGCGACUCGCCGGGCGCCUGGGACCGGCUGCAGUCCGUCGCGCCGGCGUGGGGCUGUUUACUUAGGAUGUGGUGUGCGUUUUAGAAGUCGAAGAAAAUAAAUGGCAUUUUGUUAUUUAUUAAGACAAACUCUCAUUGGUUUGUGGUUUUUUGGCCAUUUGUUUUCCCAGCUGCCUCACAAAACACUUCUCGGCUCUUUGAAAUAAAAUGGUUUUUUAAAGUUUA